GCCGAGGCUGGGGAGACGCUCCGCAAACACCGCUGUAAAUAAAUACAACAAUCACUGAGGCCACAGGAACAUGGAGAACCAGUGCACAGUGCAGGUGAAGCUGGAGUUGGGCCACAGAGCCCAGCUGAGGAAGAAAGUGACAUCAGAGGGCUUCACACACGACUGGAUGGUGUUUGUCCGAGGGCCAGAGACCGGCGACAUCCAGCACUUUGUAGAGAAGGUUGUCUUCCGCCUGCAUGAGAGCUUCCCCAAACCCAAGAGAGUAUGCAAGGAGCCUCCGUACAAAGUGGAGGAGUCGGGCUACGCGGGCUUCCUCAUGCCUAUUGAGGUUUACUUCAAGAACAAGGAGGAGCCAAAAAAGGUGUGUUUCAACUAUGACCUGUUCCUUAACUUGGAAGGAAACCCGCCUGUCAACCACCUGCGCUGUGAGAAGCUCACCUUCAACAACCCCACCAAAGAAUUCAGGAGAAAGCUGAUCAAAGCUGGAGGGGUAUUGGUGGUUCCAGAGGGGGCUGAAGCUGUGUCGAGACCCAGUCCAGACUACCCUAUGCUCCCCACUAUCCCGCUCUCUGCCUUCUCAGACCCCAAGAAGACAAAGACCUCGCAUGUGUCAAAGGAGCCAAGUAAAGAAGGAAGUGGUGGCAGCAGCAAAGGACCCAAACCACACAAAGUGACCAAGGAGCAUAGGGAACGUCCCCGAAAAGACUCUGAGAGCAAAGCCACGUCGAAAGGGGACAACGACAGAGAUGGAAGCAGCAAGAGUGGCCGCGACCCUUCCUCUUCCUCAUCCUCGUCUUCGAAAAAGCCGUCAGAGAUCAAAGUGAAAGAUGAAGUAAAGGUCCUACCCAAGGCGGCCUUCAAAGAGCCGAAACUCACACUGAAGGAGUCAAAGAUGGAGGGCAUGUCCCCUAAAGGAGGGGGGGCUGGGAGUGGAGGGGGUGGUGGGGGAGGAGGAGGCGGAGGGCCCACAGAGUCUAAAGCCCCCGGGAAGCGGCCCUCCACGGUAGAGUCUCCCAAACCUAGCGCUAAGAAGCAAAAGAAAGGCAGCUCUGAGGGGCCGAAGGUGCCAUCGGGCGGGGCCUUCACAGGAACGUCUCCCCGCGUCUCCUCAUCAUCUGCAGCCAGUCAGCCCUACGCAGAGAAGAAACCUUCCAAGGAAAAGGGUCGCUGGCCCAAAGGCAAAAACGACACACAGGAGUUGAAGGAGCCCAAGAAACCUCCAGAGUCCGAAGAGUCGAAUUCAGAGGAUGAAGCGUCUUCAAAGUCAGAGCAGUCGGCCCCCUCCAGUCCUUCCAACUCCAGUUCCAGCUCCGACUCCAGUUCAGAUUCGGACUUUGAGCCGGGACAGAAACCAGGGCAAGGCCCCCUGCGAUCUAUGGUGGAGGAGAUCCAGUCAGAGGAGUCGGAUGAUGAUGAUAGCAGCUCGGAGGAGGAGACCCCCAUCAAGACCAACCCCCCCAACCGUGACUCUCGACUCAGCCUGGACAGCGAGAGUGACAGCAGUGACGGCUCGCACCGCCCCAGUCGAGACCCCGCUCCGCCCCCGCAGAAACACAGCUCCUCCAAUAACAAAGUGUCGGGCAGAAAGAGUCCAGAUUCCUCGUUUCGCUCGGAGAAGGUGCUGAAGAAGGGAUACGACAAGGUAGGAAGGGCGUACACGGAAGAGCUGGUGGACCUUCAUCGCAGACUGAUGGCUUUAAGGGAGCGUAACGUCCUGCAGCAGAUUGUCAACCUGAUCGAGGAGACGGGCCACUUCAACGUGACCAACACCACCUUUGACUUUGACCUCUUUUCACUGGACGAGUCCACCGUCCGCAAACUACAGAGCUACCUGGAAGCGACGGCCACGUGACAGGAAGCAGGAUUUUUUGUGGGCGGCGACAGCAGAGGUGGACUUGCCGCAAUACCCUCAAAGAGGGGACAAGCGGUCACGUCUGUCGCAGCUGUUUCACAGGCCUGACUGAAUCAUCGAACAACUACCGAACACACACAAACAAACACAUGAAGCACACAUGAAAACACACCACCUUCACGUGACGCUGGGGAGGAUGAGGAGGAUGAGGAGGAGGAAGAGGAGGUGUGAGAAGGAGUGUCGUAGCUGGUGGCAGGAGGGUGGGAGAGGAGCACCGGAGUGGCUGAACUACAUCUACAGUCAGGAUUUUCACUACACAUCUCUUUUUUUUUUCUUUUUUUUUGCGAGUGUCAAGCCUCUGUGCAGAGCUGAGGAAUGCACCCCACUUCCCCUCCUUCGCCCUCCUGCACUCAUGUUGCUCCCUCCUUUUGCAAACCCAAUACUUCCCUUCUCCUUCUCCUCUCCUCCUCCUCCUCCUCCUCUUCAUUCACACGCACACUCCUUACUCGGCAGAACACUCCAGUUCCCUUCCCCCUUGCUGUCAGCUGGAGCUCAUUUCUAUCCCGACAUAUUCUCGAGUCAUGUGCGUGUGUGAGCGAGCGCUGCCGAGGUUUAAGAGGAGAUGUUGUCUUUGUGGUUUACUGACUUCUUUUUUGUUGGUGAAGCUCGAGCACAAACAACAGUUGGUUUUCCCUCCUUUCCCCUGCGCGCACACACAUACACACACAUAUACACACACCAAACAAAUCCAGAUUCAUGCACACGUUUGUCUCCCAGGUCCUUACGCUUAACACUGUACAUGAAGACACUGAGAAGCCUGCCGUAUGUGUGUGUGUCUGUUUUCGGAUGAGGUUUCUCUGUUGUCUGAACAUCUGAACAUAUGUUCUGUUGAGUUUUCCCCUCUACUUCCUCGCACUGAAAGCUGAGCCUUGACCUCCUACCAACAGCCACCCUCCUCUCCUCCUCCACCACCACCUCUUCACACUGAAGCCCCUUCACUCCAUCCCUCCUCUCUUUCUCUCUCUCUCUACCCUCCUCUUCCUCUUAUUCCCAUAUCGGUGUGCAUGAAAGGGCUCGACUGCUCGCGGCCAGAGCGGUAGAGGAUCACUCCUGAAUUGCCUUCUAGUGGUGGGUAGGGUUGGGGGGGUUUUAAAAAGGAAAAAAAAGAGAAAAAAAAGCCGUGAAAAAGUAGCCAUACUUAUCUCCCAGAAUCCAAAAAUAAGAAAAAAAAAACAGGGGCCACGCUUUUUUACAUUUUAUUUUUCUACAAGUGCAUUUUGUGUAUUUAUUCCCAGAUUGCGGUUAAGAUAACCUGUGAGCUAUGAAUGUAUAUCGCUUUUACUUUUCUACGGCUAUCAACAGCCCCACUCUAGUGCCUUUCUGCGACUUGCAGUGUGAGGGGGGGGUGUGCGCUCUGUUAGCCAUGGUCACACAGAUUGAAGGACCCCCCCAACCCCCCUCAAACUCCCCUCCAAAUCCCUGCUCGGGGAAACAAGUGUUAAUUGGGAAGCCUGAAUAUCCAGUAUUGUCUUAAUGGCUUCCAUCCCUGCAGUGCUUUCUCCUUCUCCAGUGUCUUUGUAGGCUGUUGUCCUUUUGUCAGUGAGAUUUCUGUUAAUUGAGCUCUCUAGAAAUUUUUAAUACGACUAUUUUUUUUUCUUUUUCUUCUUCUUUCAUCGACGAUGAUCAUGUUUUCAUAUUCUUGCUUUCUGAGAUUAGGUUCAGUGUUUUUUAAAGAGGGAGCGUCGGGUGACUGUGUGGUAGAUACGUUAAUUAGUUGUAGUAACAGUCACUCUCAGCUGUGUUUGUGUGUUUUAAUGAGACAGCGCUCUCAGUUGUUGUUGAAUAGGAUCCAGGUUCCCUCUUCAAAAGGUUUGAAGUAUUUGAACUAAUGGUGGAGCGUUUGAUACCAAGUUUCCAGGCACUUGAACAGCGUCGACGAAGGACGUGUAGGCAGAAAAAUAAGCUAAACAAAGCGGUCUGUGUAUUUUCUUUCCCUAAAAGUGAAAUGUAUUUGUCAGCGGCCUGCAUCAUGAAGCAUGAUUUAGUGUUUGUUUGAUACCUUUGAGUGUAAGCGGUCUGUCCGGUCUCACAAAGAUGACUCCCUUUAACCAAGUUGUAUCACUAUGCUGCUUCAGAGAGGGUUUAAUUGAGAUUGAAUCAAUAUAAUCAGUAGAAUCACACAUCUGUCCAUGCAAACCAUAAAGAUAAAGAUUGAUGUCCCAGUCUGACUUUAAAAGUGGACUUUAACAUAAAGCAGGAAGAGAACAUAUGAGUUUAGUGUCAAUGCUGUGUUCAUAAUCUAUCAGUGCAGCUACAAAAAAAUAGUGACUUAAUGAACACAAAAUGUUUCUACAGAUGAUCCUAAAUGACAAGAAAUGCCAACUCAAGCAUUUCUAUUAAAUGAAAUAAAAGCUAGACUGUUAAAAUUAGCUUGUAAACAGAUGAACUCAAGUUUACGUUAGCUUUACCAGAUAACUGAUAAAUAGAUGAAUCAUGUUAAGAAAAAAAAUAUUUAAAAAAACAGAAAUACUUGUCAUAAUUUCGUAGUUCGAGGUGACAAAUUUAAAUGUUUAAUUUUAGCCGACCAGCAACAAACAAAGCAUAAAAUUCUCACAUUUGAGAAUCUGGAGCCGGUGAAUGUUCGGCAUUUUUAUCGACUGAAAUGAUCAAUCACCCAAAUAGUUUGCAGAACAAUCCCCAAUUUUCUCUUGAUCAUUGUAAAAAAAAAACUAAACAACUGCCAGCCAACCAGAGGUUACCUCUUUGUAGCCACGAAUAACAAACAGUAAUCAAGCUUUCUGUUCUUCAAGACUUAUUUUGUGCACAAUUACUCUUUGUGUAGUUUUCCUCUUGACGUUUUGCUGCUAUUCACCUUGAAACACACAAGAGCACAAAUGAUGAAAAUCCACAUUUCCUCAGAGUGGAAUACCAAACAUGUUUAAUAUGUCAAUCACUCACACUUAACUACACCCAAUUACUUUCAGCAGUUUGAUUAUAAUUUGAUUAUUAAUGUCUACUACUUGAAUAUUUCUUUUUAUGUUUGCCGUAUAUUGCUUAUUUGUCUUGAUCGGUGUCGCUGGAUUUUAAUUCUUUUGCUGCUGCGACCAAACUGAUCAACAGUUUUAUCAUAAAUUAAUUACUCGGCUUCUGAUCUGUCAAUUUUGGCAUCUGGUUGGUGUCUUGUUGUACCUCUAUGGCGUGAGCGAGUUCCUGCCAUGUUUGUUGAACUGUUGUUUUUUUAUUUUGUUUUUAGAAGCAGGAAGCAUCUUUGUGAGACCGGUUUCUACGAGCGACACUGUUUGGUUUUAGUGAAGCCAGAACGCUCAAAGAGAGAUCGACUGAGGUGAACUUGCUUUGUGAAACAGGCCCCUGGUGUGUUAGUUCCUGUGGCCCCUUUUAGGCUUCACACACACACACACACACACACACACACACACACACACACACACACACACACACACACACACACACACACACACACACACACACACCCACACCCACACCCACACCCACACACACACCAGCCCACUGUGGUAUAAACCUUCAAUGAUCAAGGAUUCCCUCCCUGCUUCCCCCUCCUCCUCUUCCUCUUCUGUUUUCUUCCUCUCCUCUUCCUCCUCCUGCAGACAGUGUAUUUACUCUGACGCUGCGAUAGCUUUAAUAACUCUUUUUCUGUUUCCUGCCGGGCUCAGCGACAUGAACACACUCCCUCUGCUCUUACUGUAAAACGCCGUCUGAGCAAGGACUCAAAGGAAAAAGAAAAAAAAAACCUGGAUCCCCACCGCCUUAUAGUAACUGCCCCCCCCCCCCCCGUCCUCAUUUUCUCUAGGUGUGCCUCUGUCAACAGAACUUCAGGCAGUGAUUACUGAGAAUGAACUUUGCGACUGUGUGAGUGAGGUUUGUGCAUCUGCGAGUGUGUAUGUCAGCGAUAGGAGACGAUUUAAAAACAAAAGCAAACAAACAACAAAAAAAACAACAACAACAAAAAAAACAACCUUCCUGUCCUCUCUUCUCUGUGCAUCGAUGUAGGAACUUUUAAGUCCUAGUUCAUGAACUCUGACCUUUGACCUGGCACUCAUUCAGCCCCUUGUGGCGUUGGAGUGGGUUCCCAGGGGGGGCGUCGACUCAAGAGAAGCCCCGCUGUCUACCCGCAGUCAAUGUUUUAUUUAUGGACCUCUGCACUUUUGGCUGUGAUGACUAAAGUACUUAAGUAGUUACCUAAACUGUAUUUUUAAGGAUUUUAUACAAUAUUUACAUGCAAUACAAUAUGAAUUGAUUUUUUUUUUCCUUGCCAACCUUUUUUUUUUUUUUUUUGUUAUUUAAUUGUCUUUAUUUGUAUUUUGGCAUGUUUUGUCACUAUUAUUCACAAACAAACAUGCCUGUUGAAUCUAUUUUAGGCGUAAAAUGUUAAAGGGGGGUCGUUCCCUGUAUGUUUCUGUGUAUCAUGAUUCUGAUGACAGCUGAACACCAAGAAGCAGGUGUUGGAAAUGUUUGCUGGAUGACCUAAACUUUGUUAUCACCCCUCUGCUUCCAGUUGGAAAAACUGGACCAGAACAAGGACACAGAUUCCACAAUUUGGUUCAGGGAACUGAAAACGUUUGAGCUAAAAAAAAAAAAAAAAGUAUAUUUUCUGUGUUAUGUCCAGUUAUGAUUUGAGUGUUUUAAUUUUCUGCUCAGAAUAUCAUUUUUACAAGUCUGUACUCUGUUGUUACGCAGCCCAAACACAGACAGUCAUCGUCACUCUAUUUUUGUCGUUAUGAUCCCCUGAGCCUGAAGAAACACAUCAUAGGAAACAAUGAGCAGGGCUGUAGGAGUGAGACUAUAUUAUAUAUAAUACGUGUAUAAUACAGCAAAGGUAGAAUAUCUACUGUGUGGAUCUCUAGAGGAUGAGGAAAAAGCAAAAAUAUAGAGCAAAUGGUUCCUUGCAAAUAUGUGGAGGCGGGGUGGGAUGGGAUGGGGAGGGGGGCAUGUGCGGACGGGGUCUUUCCUGUGUCAGUGGUCGUCAUGUGUCUGUGACAAGGGGACAGGGUUGCCUGUAUUUAUAAAGGUUUGUUUUUUUACUGAGGGUGAAGGGUGGGGAGGGGGGGUGGGGUUGAAAUGUGUCGCAUAUACAGUAUGUGGUCAAUGCUACAAAUGAUGGGCAGAACAAAUGAACUGGAUGGCAGAAGAACAACGAUUUGGUAUUUAAAAAAAUAAAAACUUGGCAUUGAAAUGCCACCAUGUGGCCAUAUGAUGCAAGUUGUUAACAAGGACAAAACAUGUUAUUUUAAUGUUAUUUUUUAUUUGGAAAUCAUAUUAUUAAUAAAGUCAUUAAGUACUGUU